CAAAAGGAAAAUUUUAGUGACAAAUAAAAUUAUUGUGAAAUUUUAGAGAAUGUAUUCUGUGAGGUUUUGUGUAGAAAAAAACGGCAUCAUAUGCUUAAUCAUUACAGAAUGCCACUAAUUCCUAGAACUUAGAUCAUUCCAUCCAGCCCUCUAUUCUUUGCCUAAUAUUAUGCAUGAUCACAAGUGAGAAAAUUCUCCUCCUUGCAGGAAAUGAGCCGAGGCGCAAUGAGGGAAAACCAAGCAAAACGAAGCAGAUUUUGGUGUAGCAGUGAAAAACAGCUGAGAAAAAAAGCAAAGGGAUCAAGGGUGGAUGGACUAAGAGAGGGGAAUGAGAAUGCUAAUCAAGGUUCAUUGACUGAUGAUUCAUUGUCCGAUGUGGAGAAAAUUUCAAGAGGUGAUUAUCAGAGCGUCUUUGGGUUGUGGAAUGAUCUGGACCAACAGUUUUGGGGCGAUGAUGAAAAAGAUUCAGAUUCUUCGGAUUUCCAGGUGCACAGAAUUGAAAAUGAACGGAGCGAUUUUGGCACAUGCCGUCAUUGUCAUGCACCCAUAAUGCGAGAGACAAAUUAUUGCAACACUUGCUACCAGAAUAGAUGGCGAUGGAUACCACGAAGACCAACCCGUGCUUUGCGAAAAAAAGAAGUCCCACAAAAUCAACGGAAGGAGGCUGGGUCAUCAUACCAAAAUUCAGAAAAUAUUUUCUUAUCCCAGGGGCCAAAGAUUAUCCAGACACAAACAUAUGUUCCUCAGGAUAAGAAAAAAGACUUGCUGUGACUUGACUGCUCCAAUUAAAACAAAAUUCAAUUUUAACUCCCAUGAAUAAA